AUGUGUUUGGGUGAAGAGGAAAUCUGUGAAACUGAUAAUGAACCAAAUGAAGAGUUGGACGAAAAGGAUGACAACGUAGAAGCUGAAUCCGCAAUAGAAGAAAGAUCCAAAGCUGUGAGUGAAAGUGAAUCGGGGGAAGAGAGUGAUGAAUCAGCCCCAGCUGGAAAUAAAUCAGAUGCCAACGAGACUGCAGGAGAAGAGGAUCAUUCAAAUGACGAAUCAGGAGCCGAACAUUCAGAAACAAAGCCUGGGAAUGAGACUCCAGAUGAAAGUGCAGGAGAAGAUCAAAACGAGGAAGAGGAAGAAGACACUAAGGUUCAAGCUUUAGUUCAAGAAGAUGAAAAAGGGGAGGAGGGCAAUGAUGAAGGUGACGAAGGUGAAACAACAAGCGAAGGAUCUGAAGAGGGUGGAAGUGACGAGGAGGAGCUCGCUGCUUCUGAAAGCGCUACGGAGUCCGCGGCUACGCGUGAAGGUCUCACGCCGGCUGCAUCUUCAGCAGAUGAGUUUGAAAAACGUGAAACGGCAGAAGAAGAUUCGGGAGAGGCCGAAAGGGCGGCGGGUGAGAUUACUGAAAGUGACGGUGGAGAAGAAUGUGGAGCAGAGGGUGUAUUAGCGGGAGAAGUUAACGGAGAAGAAGACAGCAGCGUGAGUGAAGACCAUCGAGAAGAUGCCAUCGAUGAGACAAACGAUGGAACGGUAGGGCCCGAUGACGUGGUGGAGCUGAGGCCGGAUGAGGAUGCUGAGAAAUCAUCGGAAAACAAUGGCGAAGACAUCGCAGUGGAAGAUGUAGACGACGACAACGAGGAAUCGGGGACAGAGGUCACGCAAUGCGAGUGCAUUAACGCCAAUGGCAAUGGCGGUGACCUCGGCGCCCCCGAAAAAGAGGAGGAAAAACAUGAGGCGACCCUAAAGCACUGGAUGGGGAACCAGGGAGACUCAGCCGACGGAGAAGAUGAAGCCGAGGAAGACUCAGACGACCCGGAGGACGCCGCCGAUCGCGGGGAUCAAGAUUUUGCUCCGAGCGAUCGAGGCGAGGACACGACGGCGGCGGAGAAGGCGACGCUCGUCCCACUCGGCGCCUCGAUCGGAGGGGACGCAGAGUCUGAGGAUGGCGCCUACGCAGACGUCGAAGACUCCGAGACCGACGCAAACAGCCAAGAAGAGGCGAGGAGGCCCGAUUCUGACGCUCAGAAGAGUGUUUCAUCGUAG